CCUGGUAAUACCAUCCUCUGCUAUUUCGCUUCGCUUCAUAUACAGAGUCUGGCUGGGCAUCAUUGACAAUCGUUUUCCUUCUCGUGGGAGGGACUUGUCUGAAGUUUAAAAUCAUUGGUCUAGACGUUAGCCAAUCACAUAACCUUUGGUUAUGACGUGUGUUAUGCGCCGUCUCAGCAGCAUCGAACUUCCGCUGUAAACAGAUGUAUGAUUCAAAAACUAAUGCAUGUAUGGAAAUACCGGAGUGAACAUGGCAGUGAACGACCAUUGCAGAUUAUGCAAAGUAAAUCUACGCAUCUACGGUACAAUCAAUGCAUCUAAACUAAUAUUUGACAGUAGAGAGAAAGAAGAAAGUAUAUGCCGCCAACUGUCAAAGUUAGGUUUAGUUCUGUUAAACACACCCGUUUGUUCAUAUCGAGUCUGUCGGAAAUGCUGCAACGUAAUUGCAAGAUUACAGCGUGACAUGGAAAUAUUUAAGGAAUGGAAAACAAGGGAGACACUGACCUGUCAAAAUGUUGCCAGUUCAAGUUCGACAGAUAAGAGAGACCGAGAUACACCCUCUAAAACUCCAAGGAGCAUAAAAAAGCAGAGGAAGUCCACAGACUUGCCAUCACGGAGCAGUGUCACAGAGAUCAUAAUCAGUUACGAAAGGAAGGACAGACGCAUCAUUUGCCAAUCUGAUGUUGCUGGCAUUGUUGAAAACUUGGGCAAAAAAAAUUUUGGCAGGGCAGCCAACCUUAUAUCUCGACACAGAGAGUUAAUGGAGUACUUAAAAUCAAGUGUUUUGGAUAUAGUGGAGGAUGAAUGUAAGAAGCUCUGUAACCCCCAACAUCACUUCAUGCUGUGGAGGACAAGUUCUUCUGACUUACAGAAAUUCUCAUUCACUGAGUUGUUUGAAGAUUUGAAGAGACUGUCCCCAUUUAUAUUCAGCAUGAUUGCAAAAAUGGCCAAAGACUCACUUCCCCACAUCUGCACUGCUGCCUCAGUAGCUCUGAGAGGAAGAAACCCCCGGUUAUCAGCACUGGCCUAUUAUGUUGAUGCUGUCUUAUUGUAUGGUGGGGCAAAAAAGGCUGUUUUCCAGCGACUGGGAAAACUGGGCAUAUCUACAAUUCAUCAAAGUGCAGUUGGCAAACAGAAAGAGUUGGCACAUAACUGCAAGCCUCCUGUGUUCUCUUUAAAAAAAGACCUGGAAUCUUACCUCAGCUCCCAAGUUACAAACAUAAGUGAGCAGGAAAGGACAUUAAAGGUAAGCACUUCCAUAUCAAGCUGCCCCGGUGAGCCCACCAAACAGCCUACCGAAGUGGUUGAUGUCCGUGAUGUGUUCACAUUCAGCGCACUUUCGGAUGAGGACAUGGCUGAUUUGGGUGUUGUACCCCUCUCUGUUCCAGCACUUCCAGCGACAUCUAUACCACACACAUAUUCAAUUGUUUUUGAUAACCUUGACUUUUUUAUACGCACACAUCACCAGUCAACCAACCAGACAAACAAGUCUAUACACUGGAUCCAUCACAUGUGUGUCAUCGACAGAAUACCCUCUCUCCAUCUCCCAAACACUAAACCUGCCAAUAGCUUGUCAGACUAUGAUCUCGGGGAGUCACUUCCAGGUCAACAUACACAAGCCUGCAUGCGGCGAGAGUUUGUUGUUUUGGGAAGCCGUAUCCUGACCAGUUAUUUGGAAGUACUGAAGCCUUUCGCAAGUGCUGUUGUCCAUCACAUCCCCCAUCUGUACACGGACGAAAUGGCCCAGACCUCAACCCAUUUCCCGCUAGGACUUCUCUUUAAAAAUGAAAAUAAAACUGGUGACUUGGUGGAUGUGCUCCAGCACAUUCAAAAGGAGUAUGUAGCAAGAUGUCCUGAUGGGUUGGAGAAGAUUUUGGUUGGGGGUGAUAGGCUUACAGAAGGUAACAGCCGAAAUGUCCAAUGGGCCUUUGCCGAUGGGGAGACGGAGGAAGACCGCCUGGAAGGUUUAGUUUUUAAGUUUGAAGACUGGCAUGCUAUCAGGAAUCUUUUUGAGAUUUAUCAUCAAAUCUUCUUUGAUGAGAAUUCAGCCAAAGACCAUGGAACACUACUUUCUAAUAUGAAUCUGUUGAGUGCCAGCCUGAAUUGGUUGCUUCACAUCGGGGGCUGUAAGGGCAGUGCCAACAUGAAUUGGUUGCUUCACACCUUGGGCUGUAAGGGCAGUGCCAGCAUGAAUUGGUUGCUUCACACCAGGGGUUGUAAGGGCAGUGCCAGCAUGAAUUGGCUGCCUCACAUCGGGGGCUGUAAUGGCAGUGCCACUGCCAACUUAAAUUGGCUGCUCUAUAACUUGUACUACUAACAACACAGCCGCCGACAUACAUUUAUCAAAUUAUGUGUUUUACUUUACAUUUUUAUAUGCUAAUCUGUACUUUGAAUUACAGGUGCAGCCAGGUCCACAUUCGGCGUACAAUGCAUACAAACAGUUUGUUGAGUUGGAGACGACAGCACUUUUCCUGAAUGCAGCAUUUCCACUUAGAGGCAAAAUAAGAAUUUGAUUUAAUUAUCAAACAUUUUUAUAUGCUAAUCUGUACUUUAAAUUACAGGUGCAGCAAUGCAAAACAAGGUCCACAUUCGGCGUACAAUGCAUACAAAAGGUUUGUUGAAUUGGAGACGACAGCACUUUUCCUAACUGCAGCAAUGGAGCAUUUCCACUUGGAGGCACUUACAGACACUCCUGAUGGCUUUAUACCAGACCACAUUCUUCAAGGCUCUGCAGACCUGAGGAGGACUUGGCUCCAUGACACUACAGCCGAGGUCAUUGACAAGUUUGUCAUGUCUAAUGACAUGACGGAACUGUCAACUAAUAUCAGCAAUUUAGCACAGGCCCAACCUGCUGAGAAGGAGAGGUUUCCUUGCCGUGAGCCUGGCUGUGCAAGAAUGUUUAUCUAUAGAAAAGCUAGAGACAACCAUGAAGCCAAUGUCCACAGUCUUGCUUUGUCUGCUUCAACUGCUGCUGAGACUACUCCCAUCAAUGUUAGUGCUGACUACAAAAAAGGGCAUACUGAAGCACGACUGAGCUUUGGAUUUCUGCUUCUGAACUUUUUGGACGCAGUGAAAGAGGGAGAUGGAGAGCGUCUGAUGAGGUUGUACAAGGUUGCCCUCUUAAUCUUUAAGACUUAUGGCCAUAGUCACUAUGCCUACAGCACCUUGAUGUUAACGGUCCAAAUCAAUGCAACCCUGUCCCCUCGGCUGGCUCAUAGUCUGACAUGGAACCGUUUCUGGAAUGGGAGGGGUGGAAAGGGAAGGAAUAUCCCAUUGGACCUUCACCUUGAACAUCUUAACAAUUUUCUUAAGACAUUUUUAAAGAACAAAGGCCCAAACCUGACAGAAGAAGUUGCUGACAGGGUAAGCAGAUCCAUUGGGGUCUUGAAGACAGUAAUAGACACGACUGACAAAGAGCUGCAGGUGUAUCGCCCUAGUGGGAUCCAUAAUCAAACUGACAUGGAAAGGGAUAUCCUAACCUUGAUUGAUGUGUUCAAGAAGGCAGAAUUGUUCCAGCACCAACCAGGAAGACACUUUUCAGCCUUCCCUGAUUUUGAACGCAACAUUAUACACAAGCUAAAUUUCAAGGACUUGUGGCAGUGGAUGCGGUCCAAGCUUAAAGAGUUUAGGACAUUACCACUGUAAAUAGUUAAAGGGAUACUUAACCCAAAAAUUUAAAUUCUGUCUUUAUUUACUCACAUUUUGUUACAAACCCAUAUAAAUUUCUUU